CCGGACGCACAAGCAAACACGAAUGGAAGCAGAUCAGCCUGGGCAUGGCAAUCUGUAGCAAAAAAAAAGCGCCACACCAUUGACUUGUGCACAAACUCACUGCUACACAGUGCUACAUGGUGGGAAAGGAAAGGUCAGGGGUGGAAAUCUGUAGCCAAAAAGUGCUACACCAUUGACUUGUACACAAACUCACAGGGAAAUUCUAAAGUCAUUAAUGCGCAUGCGUGGGGUUAGCAAUGCUACACGUACGUACAGACUGCCAUGCCAGCCCUCAUUUCUUUCGUCCCAUUUCGUGCAUCAAUUAAUUAAGUAAACGAGCUGAUUCUCGACUUUUCAACAGCGCCACCAAUAUCGACGAGCACAGUGAAAUAUAAAUGCGAUCGUCAGAGUAAGACUGCUUGCUGUUUCUGUUCACAGGUUGAACAGAGACGACCGGUCGUAGCCAUGGAUUACGAGUUCAAGAUGCGCACGGCCAGCAUGCGGGAGAAAGUAGAGGACCUGUUUGACUAUGAGGGGUGCAAAGUGGGACGGGGAACCUACGGACAUGUCUACAAAGCUACAACGAAGAAGGGAAAUCCAAAGAAGGAAUAUGCCCUAAAACAAAUUGAGGGAACCGGGAUAUCUAUGUCGGCAUGUCGGGAAGUCGCUCUGCUAAGAGAGCUGAAGCAUCCCAACGUGAUCAGUCUACGUAAAGUGUUCCUGUCACAUGCCGACAGAAAAGUAUGGCUCCUCUUUGAAUUCUCAGAGCACGAUCUAUGGCACAUCAUAAAGCAUCAUAGAGCCAAUAAGGCAAACAAGAAGGGUCCAGCGUCUGUACCGCCCUCUAUGGUCAAGUCACUGCUCUAUCAGAUCCUAGAUGGCAUUCACUAUCUACAUUCCAACUGGGUGCUUCACAGGGACUUGAAGCCAGCCAACAUUUUAGUCAUGGGAGAGUGUUCGGAACGGGGUCGGGUCAAGAUAGCUGACAUGGGUUUUGCCAGGCUGUUCAACUCUCCUCUUAAGCCCCUGGCUGAUCUUGACCCCGUAGUGGUCACCUUCUGGUACCGAGCGCCUGAGCUGCUCUUAGGGGCGAGACACUACACCAAAGCAAUAGAUAUAUGGGCCAUCGGCUGCAUCUUUGCCGAGCUCUUGACCUCUGAACCCAUUUUCCACUGCCGACAGGAGGAUAUCAAGACCAGCAACCCCUACCAUCAUGACCAGCUGGACAGAAUCUUCAACGUCAUGGGAUUUCCUCAAGGUAAUAUGGACAUGAAGCACCGACUGCACCACCCUACUUUGAGAACCAGCCAGAUAGAUCCUUAUACAAACUGCUGUCUUGUCAAGUACAUGGAGAAACACAAAAUCAAACCGGACUGUAGAGCUUUCCAGUUGCUAUCUAAACUAUUAACGAUGGAUCCAACCAAACGCAUGACGGCCAAGCAGUCGAUGGAGGAUCCCUACUUCACUGAAGAGCCUUUACCAACAGCAGACGUGUUUGACGGCAAACCUAUUCCCUACCCCAAGCGGGAAUUCUUAACAGAUGAAGAAAACGAAGACAAAUCGGACACCAGUAAGGCUGGAUCAUCUAGUCAUUUGCAGACGCAUCAUCGCAUGCGCCUAGCCCAGCAGGCAGCUAGUCAGGCACGCAGUACGGGUGGUUCGUCAAGCCACGCCCAGGGGGCCAAACGGAUGCGGGUGGCAGCCUCGGCGUCCAGCCAAGGUGGGGCACCAGGCGGUGGGAUGAUGCAGAAUGACUACCAGGCACAACAGGUAAAGAAGCACAUGAUGCCGGGCUAUCAGCAAAGCGGAACCACGCAGACCAGUGGCACGGCAACCUCCAAACAACAGCAGGGGAUGAUGUACACGUCCAACACUGUACAGAGUAACAGCGGGUCAUACAGCCAACAGCACCAGCAGCAUCAGCACAGGUACUGAGGGCCGGAGAAACCACCCCCCCCUCCGCUGUGGAAGAGAGGAGCGGGUAGUCAGCAGCAGUGACUCUGAGAGACUGCUGCAGUUUUGUUGGAUGGCUAUCUGCUGCAAGAGGAAAAAAAAAGCGCUGAAAUGCUGUUAAGGACAGCUCUUUGGUCUCGCCAGUGCUGCAGCGAGCAACAAUGCCAAUGGUCAUGCAGCAACAGCAGCGGCCGCAGAAACUGCUGUAGUUGAACGGCAUCCUGAACGACUGGGUGCUGGUGAACACAGCAACAGAUGUUGACAACGUCAACAGCAAAGAUACAUUGACAAUGUGGCACAAGUUUUAAAAACUGCCAUGGUUCCUCCACUAAAAUUGUGAGACUCCAAAGCAAGACUUUACCUGCAGCAAACACAGCAGCAAUGACACAGACGUUUAGAAAUAAUGCAGCACCAUGACGGCGAUGUGGAAAAGAAAAAACAAAACAAAACAAAAAAAGCUGCCGUCGGCAGACACGUGUAAAAUUCAGGGCAUUUCAGGUUGUGAAAAAAUGAACUGUACUAGCAGUGAUACCAACAAAUUGACAAACAAUAGUAGGUGUGUAGAAAUAUUCCAUAAAGUGAAGUUUGAAAGGACCUGGUUUUGUUGAACAGUAAGUUAUGUGCAUUUUUCUCUAAUUUUGUUCGUAUAAAAAAGUUUUAAAUUAACCUUUAAUUCUUCAGCUGCAGAAAGCAAACGGGCACAGCAUAGAAAUGCAAAUGUUUACAUUAUUAUUUAGUCUUCAAUAAACAUUUGUCUGACAACUUA